CCGACCAUCCUCUUUUGCAUGCCACCAGGACCAGCGUAUAACUGGCUCUGCGUCCUUUCGUCUGCUGCUGACAUUCUUGGCCAUGCGGCACGUAUAAGAGCCUCGCAAAUUGCUGGGCAGCGUUCAGUACUUGUCUCAAGGAUGAACAAUCGCGACGCGCCGGCACUGGAAGAAAACAAAAUCAAAACUGAGGAGAAUGUACGGCCAGUUGUGACUGAACCAUUCGUGUUGACCAGAGUCUCCAUUCUUCCUCGAGAAUUUUCUGCAGAAGUGAAAAGUGUGGAGGAAACACAAGAAAUACGCGAGGACUCGGUAGUAGACUCCAUUCCCUACGAAACCGCACCUCCAACACAGGCAGAAGAAAUACAGGCGCCUCUAGUCUUUCCGACGCGUAACCUAUCUUCUUCCAAAGUCCCAUCCUCGCGUAUUGGCCGGCUCUUCCACUACGGAGGGCUUGCUGCUUCUCUCAGCUACGGUGCUGCCUCAGAAUUGCUCCGUCGAACCGGCGACAACCAAGCCUCUGUCAUGAUGACCGAAGCCAACAUAAAGCGGCUCGUCUCCAAGCUCUCGCAGAUGCGCGGGGCAGCGCUCAAGCUGGGCCAAUUUCUUAGCAUACAAGAUACCCACCUCCUUCCCCCCGAAGUAGAUAAAAUCUUCCGAAGGGUGCAGGAUAGCGCGCAUUACAUGCCGGAUUGGCAAAUGGAGAAAGUCUUGCAAAAUUCUCUGGGGACAGACUGGAGUUCACAUUUUGACUCUUUUGACCGUAUUCCUUUUGCUGCAGCGUCGAUAGGUCAAGUACACAGUGCCGUUCUCAAAGCGUCUGCUUCGCCCACGGGCGAACCGUACCGAGUAGCAGUCAAAAUCCAGUUCCCCAAUAUCGCCAACUCGAUAGACAGUGACCUGGGUUAUAUCAAGCUCUUGUUGACCGCCGGCAAGUUUCUUCCAAAGGGUCUUUUUCUGGACAAGACCGUCUCGGUUAUGAAGCGGGAGCUAGCAGAUGAGUGUGACUACUCUCGGGAGGCCUCGUUCUUGCGUACUUUUGGAUCACCAGAGUACCUUGGAAACGAUCCGCGUUUCAAGAUUCCUUGGGUGUGGAAAGGAAGCACUGACCGCGUUCUCGUCAUGGAACGCAUCGACGGGAUCAGCGUCGGGGAGGCGGACGUCAAGGCCUUGUCCCAACCAGAUCGCGACACCAUCGCUGCGUGUGUUAUUGAACUCUGUUUGAAAGAGCUCUUCGAGUUCCGGAUGAUGCAGACGGAUCCCAACUGGACAAAUUUUCUCUGGGAUGCGCGUACAAGGCAGAUUGGGCUAGUGGAUUUUGGUGCUACACGACUGUAUUCCAAAGAGUUCAUGGAUGGUUGGUUGAAGUUACUCCAGGCAGCUGCUUCUGAUGACUGGGACGCUUGCGUUGAGUGGAGUUUGAAGGUGGGCUACCUCACCGGCCAGGAGAACCAGAUAAUGCUGGAUGCCCAUGUAAAAUCCAUGACACUCCUUGCCGCGCCAUUCAAAGCGUCGACUCCCCAGCCGUAUACUUUCGGCCGCGACUCGAGCUGGGCAGAUAUCACAGCUCAGAUACGGAAUAAUAUUCCGGUGAUGUUGGAGCACAGGCUUACACCUCCACCGCAGGAGACGUACAGCUUGAAUAGAAAGCUCAGCGGUGCGUUCCUCCUCGCGUCAAGGCUCGAAGCCACCGUCGAUACGAAAGACAUCUGGGACCGGCUCGUGGGACAAUAUACGUUUAGUUCGUAGCUAGAGAGUUAGUAGCAGAAUGGAAAUGCACUCAAUUUUUUCUCCA